AUGUCUGCAGUGUUCUACAGAGGCCUUCUCCGGCUCCGCAUCAUCCAAGCGGCACCCUUGAUCAGGAAUCUCGCCGCCACUGCCUCGGCCGUCGUGUCCCCUUCCGAGCGAUCCUCUUCCUCGGCAUUCACCGUCAGCUUCCUGACAUCCUCCUGCGGACUCGCCCCGGCGCAGGCCGCCUCCAUCGCGCGGUCCCUCCGUCUCAGCGAGGAGACCCGGCACAAGCCGGAGUCCGUCCUCGCCCUCCUCCAGUCGCAGGGUUUCUCAGAGGCCCAGAUCGCCGAGCUCGUUUGCCGAUCGCCCCGCGUCCUCCUCUCCAGAGUUGAGCUGAAGUUGGGGCCAAAGGUGCAGUAUCUGAACCACAUGGGCUUCUCCUCGGAUAUGAUCGCUCGGGAUCCCAGGGUUCUGCUGCGGAGCCUCGAACGGCACAUCCGGCCCUGCUUCGAGUUCCUCCGGUGUUUCAUUGGAUCUGCCAAGGACUUCCGCACCCUUUUCCGGCGCCACAGGUGGUGCCUGGACUUCGAUAUGAAGACCACCAUGAUCCCCAACGUGGCCCUUCUCCUGGAAAUGGGUGUGGCCGCGCCAGCCAUCUCUAGAUUAAUAGUUACUCAUCCGCGGAGCUUAAUGAAGAACCGCGAGCGGUUCUUGGAAAUAAUCAAGAUUGUGCAGGAUUGGGGCUUGACGCCGGAGAAGAACCUUUUCCUCCAUGCAAUAAGGGCGAUAGCUGGGUUGGGUAAGUCGACCCUUGCUACUAGGUUGGAACUGUUCAAGCGGCUGGGUUGGUCAGAUGAUGACAUCAUCUCGGCAUUCCAGAGAGGCCCUUUGUUCAUAUUGGUGUCCGAGCAGAAGUUACUAUGCAUGACUUCUUUUGCCAGGAAAUUGGGGUUGACGCCAUCAGACAUAAGCAGGCAGCCGAAGCUUUUAAUGUAUGGGUUCGAGAAGAGGAUCCUACCGAGAUAUGCUGUGUGGCAGGUUUUACUGGCCAAGGGACUUAUUAAACAGAACAACAAGCUAGUUUCCAUGUUUACUACUUCAGAGAAGCCGUUCCUCGAUAGAUUUGUGAUGAGACAUCUGGACAAAGUUCCAGAACUAUUGGACGUGUACCUUGGUAAGAUCAAGGUUGAAGAGCUUGGUUUGUGUGGUAAGGAGAGCAGAUGUCAAAAGGAUUCGUAG